AUGCAGCCGGGCUACGGGUACGGUUACGGGCCCCCGCAGGGGUACGCGCCCGCUCCGGGUUAUGGGAUGCCCCCGCAGCAGCCCGCGUACGGGUACGGCGCUCCGGGCGGUCCACCUCCCCGUCCCCGCUCCGAGAACACCGCGGAGGAUCUCGAUCGCAUCGCUCGAACGAUCCACGUGGGCGGCAUCCGCGGCUUGAAGGGCACGCCGGGGGUGAACCCGGGCGAGGAGAUCACCGAGGACGACCUCGCCGCGUUCUUCGGGAACGACGGCGAGGUCGUGGGCGUCAGGAUCAACGCCUCCAACUGCUGGAUCGAGUUCGCCGAGGCGGCGGGGGCGAUAUCGGCGUUGGCGAAGGACGGGACGGAGAGCGGCGGCCACCACCUGCGCGUGUCCGCGUCCAAGACCCCCAUCAGGUCCAACGGGUACUUAAAGGGGAGGCAGAUUCAGCUGGAGAGGGCCAAGGAGCGGGCGACGGCCUCGGGGUCGCCCGCGCCGACGACCGCGGCGGCCGCCCCGACGGAGGCCGCCAGACAGAUGAGCGUCGACGAAAUUGUCAACGCCGUAAGGGUCGAAGUCAAUCACGCGGUGGAGGCGGCUAAGGCCCAGGGCACGCUGGUGACUGUCGCGCCGCCCCCGCCCGUGGCGGCCGUGUCCGCGGCGGUCAAUGCGGGCGGUUAG